GAAGAGAACGGAAGCAGAGCAACUGCCGCCGGAGAAGAAGAAGAAAGUCCGGCGAUAGGGAUCGAUCUGGGGACCACAUACUCUUGCGUCGGAGUAUGGCAGCCCCACCAUGGCCGCGUUGAGAUCAUCCCCAACGAUUUAGGCAACCGUACGACGCCGUCGUGGGUUGCGUUUACUGAUGCCGAGCGCCUUAUCGGAGAAUCUGCCCAGAACCAGGCCGCUAUGAAUCUCUCCAACACCAUCUUCGAAGUGAAGAGGCUAAUUGGUAGAACUUUUCGUGAUGCAAUGGUGCAAAACGACAUGAAACACUGGCCAUUUAAAUUGACUGUUGUCCCUGAUGCUGGGGUCGGAAAGAAGCCCAUGAUAGUUGUCACUUACAAGGGGGAGGAAAAACACUUCAGCGCGGAGGAGAUAUCUUCAAACAAGUGAAAAAUGCCGUUAUUACUGUUCCUGCCUACUUCAAUGAUCUCCAACGUAACUCAACGAAAGAUGCAGGUCUUAUUGCUGGACUUAAUGUGUUGCGUAUUAUUAAUGAGCCCACUGCUGCUGCAUUUGCAUAUGGUCUACACAAUAAAGGAACUGGAAUUGCUAAUUCCGAUUUAAAGAAUAUACUGGUUUUUGAUCUUGGUGGGGGAACUUUUGAUAUCUCUAUUGUGACAAUGGUCAAGGAUGUAAUUGAAGUUAAAGCCGUUAACGGGGACACUCACCUUGGCGGAGUUGAUUUCAACAACAGAAUGGUGAGCCACUUUGCAGCAGAGUUUGAGAGGAAGCACCAUAAAGACAUCAGUAACAAUCCAAGGGCUCUUUCGCGACUUAAAACAGCCUGUGAAAGAGCCAAAAGAAUGCUCUCUUCAGCUUCUGAAACAUUUAUCAAUAUUGAGUCUUUGUUUGAUGGUACUGAUUUCUCUUCGACCAUUACCCGUGCACGAUUUGAGAAAAUGAAUUUGGAUCUGUUCGAAGAUUGUAUGGCGAGUGUUGAGAAAUGUUUAAAGGAUGCCAAAAUGGACAAGGUUGACAUCCAUGAUAUUGUACUUGUGGGCGGGUCUACAAGAAUCCCAAAAGUUCAGGAAUUGUUGCAAGACUUAUUCCAUGGAAAGCAGCUCUGCAAAAAUAUAAGCCCGGAUGAGGCUGUUGCCUAUGGUGCAGCUUUUCACGCUGCAGCCCUGACAAAUGCUUGCCUGGGCAAGAAUAAGGAUACUGUACUUGUGGACGUUUGUCCUUUAUCUCUUGGUAUUGAGGUUUAUGAUGGUGGCAUGUUGGUUGUGAUUCCAAGGAAUACGACCAUCCCUACAAAGAUGACAAGGAACGACCUUACCUUUGUUGUUGACUACCAAACCAGGUGUACCAUCCAGGUGUAUGAGGGAGAGAUGCCCAUAGCAAAAGACAACAACUUCCUUGGUGAAUUUUCCAUUGAAGGCAUCCCCCCCGCACCUGCAGGUGUUGCGAAGUUCAUUGAUAGUUUCGAGAUUGAUGCAAAUGGCAUACUAACUGUGACUACAGAACUAGUGGGUAGUAACAACAGUAACCAAAUAACAAUAACCAAUCACAGCGGGAGGUUGUCAAAGGAGGAGAUUGAUAGGAUGGUGAAGGAGGCAGAGGAUUACAGGGCUCAAGACGAGGAACGCAAGAAGGCAAUUGAGGCUAAAAAUGCUCUGGAGAGUUACAUUCACCAAGCGAGGCGUUGUGGAAGGAGGGUUCAGACGAAGGCGGCCAGGAUAAAAUUGAAGAAUACAAUUGAGACGACGGUUCAAUGGUUGGAAUGGAAUGACCUACUCAGGGAUGCUGGCAAGUUUGAGGAAAAGAUGAAAGAGCUGAAGAGCAUGUGUGAGUCAGUCAUGGCAGAGACGCAUCAUCAGGGAAGUGACACAGCCGUCAAGCAUGAGAUCAUUGAGAUAUCAGACUAACAGAGGCUGUUGAAUCGUGAAGUGGCACGAUGUUUCAACUUUUAAUUAACUAUUCUUCUCUAUUGCUUACUGUGUGAAUAUGUGAUCACUUUCAAACUCUCACAUCUUUUGUGACUCUACCGAAGCCACAUUUUUUGUUUCCUUCUUAUUAAUUGGGUUAGAUGCGUUAUGGUAUUUUUGUAUUACAGCACCUGCUCGUUUUACAUCUUGCAGUAUUCAGUUAUCACGUUGCCUGAGAGCAUAAAAGACAUGUUCUUUUG